ACUGCAAACAGUGCAACCUUCUUGUUGAUUUUUGAAGAACCCUUUGAACAGUAUAUUUUAAUUUUCUUUCUUUUUUUAAGAAGAUAGAAUUUCCUUUGAAUAUUUAAUAUGUCAGUAAUUCGACGGAUCGCAAAAUUGCACAAACGAAAAGAAAACAACAGCUAAAAUACAAGAAAGGGUUUGUACGAUCUUAAGGACACGAUACCGCUUAGUGUUUAUGGCCCAUAGAUACUCGGUUUAUCUGACAGUUUGUCCAGACUGGAAGAAGUAACGGAGUUUGUGAAGCAUCACCUCAGUUUUUUCAGUCAGUUUCUUCAUUUUGAGGGCUCUCAUGCUCAGUUUGGUGUAGCCACAGGUGUGAUUUUAACACCAAACACAAUUUUAAUGGAAAAUAAAGCAUCCUUAGAAAGUGAUGAGAUUGAAAUUGUUGAUGUGGUAGAAAAACCUCUGACGAACGUACUUCUACAGCUCAACUUCUACAAGAAUUUAGAACAGUUCAGCCACCAGGUUCCAUUUGAAAAGGAAAAAUUUGUUGAGUUUGUAAAGGCCAACUUUACAUGUUAUUACGAUGACAGGUUGAUAAACACUGUCUGGAACAAGCUUCACCAGUCCUGCAAGCAACCGUUUGACCCAGCCGAUGAACCGAUAUGCCUAAGCAGUGAUGAGGAAAGCUCUGAAGGAAAGCGGCCAAAAAUAGACAAUAGGAGCAUUAAUGAUUCUAAGGAAGAAGUAGGUACACCUAGGAGGAAAGAAAAGUCGUCUCCUAAGAGAAGCGAACCAGGAAAAAAUGGGACAAAAAAUAAUUAUUUAUCUGUUAAAAAUAUUUCACUUCUCAUCGAUUCGCAAGUAGCUGGUAAUAAAGGUAAUCUUGGUAAUAAAGGUAAAACGGCUAAAAGAAAAUCCAGUCAAACCAGUACUAAGAAAUGUACAGAAAAGAGUAAAAGCCAACCGAAAAACAAAUCCAAAAUGACGGACACGCCGAAGCGAACAAACAAUAAAAUUGAACCUGAAGAAUUGCGGAGGAAGCUGUUAAUUGAUAAACUCAUUGAAGUGACACUUCUGACAUCAAAGGAAAAAAGAAAGAAAAAGAAAGAUACUGUUAGCCCCAAUUGUAAAAAUAAACUUAUUUAACAUAAAUAUAUUCGCUAUUAUUGUACCAA